AUGCUUGUGAACACUGAACGUUGUCUAUAUCUUUCGGCGAAACCUCUAAUUAAACAAAUAAUCUAUUCGGCGCGGUCGAAGAAUUUUAAGUACCAGAGGACCAGUAUGUACGAGUGCUUCCUAGAAAUAGCUUUUGAAGCUGAGUUGAAUACAAAGGAAGACCCAGAGUGCCUCGAAUUAGCGAUCGAGCAUUGUAACGAGAAUCCAGCUACCAGGAGUGCAGCGAUCAGGGAGCUAAGGGAAUUAAUAUACGAUCGCGUCGAGUGUGAGCCGUAUCGGACCGAUGACGAGUUUCUGCUGCGAUUCCUCAGGGCACGGGACUUCAUCGUACGACGGGCACACAAACUGCUGGUGCGCUAUUGUGACUUCCGCGCGCAGUACCCCCACCUCUACGAGGGUGUGGACCUGUGGAGUCUCACCAAGGUGCAGGACGCCUAUGAAGGCACGAUGCUGGACCGUCCGGACAUAGGCCGCCUAUCCAUCCUAAGAUUUGGAGCGUGGGACCCCAGCGAGUUUCCCGUGGACGAUCUGGUGCGCGCCGGUAUGGCCAUGUACGAGAUAGGGAUCCGGCAGCCGAAGCUCCAGGUCCUGGGCGGCACGGUGAUAGUGGACCUCGAGGGGAUCACCUUAAAACACGUCUCCACAUUGACCCCGACGAUCGCGUACCAAAUCGUGUGUCUAAUGGGGAUAGCGAUACCCGCCCGUUUAAGGUCCUGUCACAUCAUCAACUACAACUGGCUCCUCAACACGUUCUUCUACCUGUUCAAGCGCUUCAUACCGCAGGAGACGUGGGGCCGGAUCUACUUCCACGGCCACGACCUCAAGUCCCUCCACCGGCACAUAGACCCCGAGUGCUUGCCGAAGAGAUACGGUGGCAGUUGCAGGAACCACGUCUCUCUGGGGCACUGGUUCCAGAAGAUCAAGAAGUAUAGAGACGCGCAGUUUGACAAAGAGAUGAAGGCCAUAGGGUACCUCGUAAAGGAA